AUGGUGGUAAACGUGCUGAGUAUCAUCUACAGUGUGGGCGGUGUGGUGAUAUUCGAUAUGGCUGGCUGCAAAAUCUUCAAGUUCACCUUUGCCCUUACGAACAUGCUUGCCAUCUGGUUUACCCUCUAUGUGGCACUGUUCUAUAUUGUUAGGCUUGACCGGGUGGUACAUCCAGCAACUUCAACCCCCAGAGUGAGUCGACAAACAAUACAUCUUGUAGUAAUGUUGGUGCUGUGGGCAAUUGGAUUGGGAGUCAGCUCUCCUCUCUUGAUAUACGCAGAUAAAGCAGAAAAAAUCUCUAAUGCUUCUUACUCAUCAAACCAGGUCUACACUUCGUGCCAGGUCAACUAUACCAGCCUUAUAGUGCACCACGUAUAUGCACUGGUGAUUUUGACUGCUGUGGACUUGGGGCCCCUGAUAGUUUUGCUUCUUGUCAGCAUCCGGAUAGUGAUGCUUCUGAAAGAACAUCGCGUUGCAACUUAUGGAGACAUCUGGAUCGGUGAAGACAAAGCAGAGAGUGAAAUUUUCAUGGCUUCCAAGCUUAUUUUGCCUCUUGUGUUUCUUCUGAUUGGUUUGUGGGUUUCCCAUUUUGCUUUGUUGCAGUUCUUAGAUAAGUUAGAUUCUUAUUACUUCAUUCCUGUGAUACUUGCUGUACUGUCUUCUGCCUAUUCUGCUCUCAGCCCUUAUAUUUGUAUCGCUAUUAGCAGCAAAGUGAGGCAGUGUUUGAGACCGUCAUGCUUUUCAAAGCCUGUACAGCAGAGUCCCCCACCUGCCACUGUAUUGAGCUCACCCUAUGCUGAGUAA